AUGGCCGCCGCCGCCCUCCGCAGCAAACAAGCCCCCCUCAAAGACUCCUACCGCAGCGACCCCUCCUCGGCAGUAGUCACGCUAACCUCCUCGGGCACCCUCGACGCCAGCUCCAUCACCUGCUCCCUCGACACAGGCAAAGCCAUCUCCGACGCGAAAAAAGUCGCCGGCCUGCACCAGAAAGCCGGCGGCGACGACCCGGACAUCUCCGGGGAGCUGUGCAGCGGGGACAUGCUGCUCGAAGCGCUCGUCGCGUGCGCGGGCGUGACGCUGAAAGCUGUGAGCACGGCGAUGGGGAUCCCGAUUAAGAGCGGGACGGUGUCUGCGGAGGGGGAUCUGGAUUUUAAAGGGACAAUGGGGAUUGAUAAGGAAGCGCCGGUGGGUUUCACGAAGAUCCGGCUGGGGUUUGAAUUGCAGCUGGAGGAGGGGGCGGAGGUGGGGGAGGAGAAGAUUGAGAAGUUGGGCAAGUUGACGGAGAGGUAUUGUGUGGUGCUGCAGACGAUUGCGAAGAAGCCGGAGUUGAGCGUGAGUUUGAGGGGGACGCAGGAGACGGAGCAGGGGGUGGAGAGUUCGGUUGGGUGGUCGCAGAAGUCUUGA